UUUUCUUGUUGCUCUAGCAUUAUAUAAAGGGGAGGUUAGGAUGUUGUGAUUUUCCUCCUUGUAAAGAUACAGCUGGGAAAGGAGAUCAAGAGAAGAUUUUAGGGAUUGAUGGAAGAACAUCUCGGCCCAUUAGCUGUUACUCAUCUCCUUCAACACACUCUGAGAAGCUUGUGUAUUCACGAAAACUCUCAAUGGGUUUAUGCAGUCUUUUGGAGGAUCUUGCCUAGAAACUAUCCACCACCCAAAUGGGAUGGCCAAGCAGGAGCCUAUGAUAGGUCAAGAGGAAAUAGGAGGAACUGGAUAUUAGUCUGGGAGGAUGGUUUCUGCAACUUUGCUGCCUCAACAGCCGAGAUCAACUCCAGCGACUGUGUGGGCUCAUCAGUCUAUGGCAACUGUGAAUUUCAACACUUUCAAGGACUCCAACCAGAGCUCUUCUUCAAGAUGUCCCAUGAAAUCUACAACUAUGGGGAAGGUUUGAUCGGAAAAGUGGCUGCAGAUCAGAGUCAUAAGUGGGUCUACAAAGAACCAAAUGAACAAGAAAUCAACUUCUUGUCUGCAUGGCACAACUCAGCAGAUUCGUAUCCAAGGACAUGGGAAGCUCAAUUCCAGUCUGGGGUAAAGACGAUUGCGCUGAUUGCAGUUAGAGAAGGUGUCAUUCAAUUAGGAGCUGUUCACAAGGUGAUUGAAGACCUGAGUUAUGUCGUUCUACUAAGAAAGAAGUUUGGUUACAUUGAAAGCAUCCCAGGAGUGCUGUUGCCACACCCAUCACCUUCGCCUUUCCCAUUCAAAGUCGAUGGGUACGGUGCACCGGACGCAUGGCACUUCCAAGGAACUCCUGCUCCUGCACCAGAAUUCUAUGACCACUUCAAUCAGCCAAUGAAGAUAACCCCUUCCAUGAGUAGCCUUGAAGCCCUUCUAUCAAAACUCCCUUCUGUUGUGCCAGUCUCAUCACAGCCAACAUCAGGCUACUGUGAAUCACAGCCACAGUUUCUAUCAUCUCAGAGGCCUUUGGAACUGCUGGGAAUGGAGAAGGUAACCAAGGAAGAGAUCGACGAUCAGGAGUACAGACAUGAAAAGGAUGUGGGUGAGAGCAGCAGUUCCAUAUCAGCUUAUCGUCACCAGCACCAUUUUCAUCAUCAUCACAUCUGAAUAUAACUAGUAACACAAGUAUUAGAUUGAAGGAGUCAGAGAUUGAUUUCUAACGUUGUAGCUAAUGUCAUCUUUGUUUCAGCCUCAGUGGGCGUAAUUUGUAGCUUUCCUUGCUGUGGAAGAGCUCUCUCUAUCGUAGGGUGUGAUAAUGAAUCUCCCAGUUCAGUUCCAAUAUAAGUAUAGACAACCAUGUUUAAUGUUUUUUUUUCUCUAAUCGAAUAGAGAGAAGUUUGUGGUCAA